CGCCACGACUUCGUUCAUUACGAGGUCGACCGUCGAGUGGUUCGCGUCGUUCAUGCGUACGUUACACACACGUUGUUUCGGCUGUAUCUCGUAGAGUAAAACAAAAAGGAUAAUAAACCGCCGUUUUUCGAAAGAGGACAUUUCGAGUGCGAAACGUGGAUUUUUGAACAAUACUCGUAGACACAUAUUUUGUUUGUGUGGUUUUCUGUGAUAUAUAUAACAAUUUAUUUUUUUUUUUUGUUGUGUUCUCAUAGUGCGUUUUUUGAGGUGCGCGCGCGCGCCAAUUUUUCACGCCGACGACAAGCGCGAUGCGCUAACUCAAGUUUCUAUCUAACAUGAAGUGACCCGCGUUGGAUGCGACUCGCGAAGUGUUUUUUUUUUUUUGUGUGUGUAUGUGUGUGUUUUAACUCGGCAACAUAAGCUUUUGAUCUCCAUUAGUUGAAUUUAUUCGAGUCACUAUUAUUUGACUGCUCGGUGAAACGGUGUUAUUUUUGUAAAACGUUUUAACGCACAACAGCCAUCACGCUGAAUUACGGAGAGAUUGGAAGCCCGUUCGGAGGGGGCGCGCAACAGCAAAGAUCAACCGGCACGCCAAACGGCAACAACAACAACAACAACAACGGUAUGGCGCCCGGCGACUCGCUAGACCCGUCUAACUUAAACGGCAGCGGCGGUUCCGGCGGCAACAAUUCGGGUGGCGGCGGCCAACAGGAUUCCGGCGGCGGUGGCAGCGUGCCCGGUAACGUGACGCCAAUACCCACGUCCAAGUCGGCGUUCAUCGAGCUACAGCAAAACCCUUACAAUGCAGUCAGAGGAGUCUAUCACCCACAUCCGCACGCCCAUCCGUCCCAUCCGUUCAACCAACACCAUAGCCCCCAACACCACGGCGGCAACGCAGGAUCGUUGCCCCAUCAUCACUCCGACGCUGCCGGUGGGUUCGGUAGCCCCCGCGGGGGCAUGGCCGCAUAUCCUUUUCCCACGAUGCACCAAAACUCUUAUUCGAGCUAUCAUAUUGGGUCAUACACGCCUCAGUGUCCAUCGCCCACCAAAGACGAAAAAUGCGGUCUCGGAGAAGACGGAAGUCUCAGGGUAAACGGCAAAGGGAAAAAAAUGCGAAAGCCUAGAACCAUUUAUUCGAGUUUGCAAUUGCAACAGCUCAAUAGGCGAUUUCAAAGAACCCAAUACCUAGCACUACCCGAACGAGCAGAAUUAGCCGCAUCCCUAGGACUUACCCAAACACAAGUAAAAAUAUGGUUUCAAAACCGAAGGAGCAAAUACAAAAAAAUGAUGAAAGCUGCGCAACAACAAGUGUCGACGCCGUCCAACAACAGCAGCAGCAACAACAGCGGCCCCGGCCACAUGUUGGGAGGCCCCGGCGGGGCCAACACGCCCGGUAUACCGAACAGCCCACCGCCGUCCGGCGGCCUUCUAGGCGGUAACGGUUCGUCGUCCGGCAGUCAGCCAAGUCCGACCGGAGGAUACGUCGGCGGUCACGUGGGCUCGGGCAUGGGCCAACACGUCGGCGCCAGCCCCACGCCCAGCUCGACCCCCGUCAGCUGCGACAUGUCACCGGUGCCGCCGGUUCACCAUUCGUCCGGCGUGUCCGGUUCGCCGCCCGUCGUCGCGUGGGACAUGAAGCCCCCCAAUCUGUCGUUGGCCACCAACCCGCAUCAUCAUUCGCACCACCCCGCCGCCGGCUACAUGCCGCAAUACAGCUGGUACCAGACGGACGGCCCCAACCAGGGACUGCUAUCAGUAUGGCCGGCAGUUUAACACACUAUAGGAAAACAACUCGACGACAAUCGUUUUACCGACUUGGAUAAAAUAAUACUAACGCGGUUACAAAUGCAAUUUUACAUUAACAACGCGUACAAGUAACGCAAAAUACGUGUACGUUAUUCUGACCGUUUAGUACUACUCCGAUUAAUCCACGUUCCGGUUCCAAAGAAGAUCACUUGGUUUGUUAGUUUUUCUUCGGUUUGUUUCGGUAAACGCGCGAUUUUUUUUGCUGUUUUUUUUUUCUAAUCAUUAUAAUCUAAUAUUAUAAUUAUCAUUAUUAUUAUUUUAAUCAUUACCUAUUAAUAAUACGAGUAGAUAUUAUUAUCGUCAUCAUUAUUAUUUUAUUAUUAUUAUUAUUAUUAUUAUUAUAAUUAUUAUUAUUAUCAUUAUUAUUAUUAUUAUGUUAAUUGGUUUUUUUUUAUUGUUGUAAAUAUUACGGACUUGUGUAUUAUUUUUCUAAACGCGAAAAUGACGAAUAGUGUUGACAAAGAAAAAAAAAUGUAUUGUAAUUACACGUGUAAAGUUAUGUACUUUGGAUCCUUCCAUAAAAUAUUAUUGAUUUUAUUAUACAAAAAUUAUAGUUAACUUUUGUAAAUAAAUGGAAAAUAGUGUUAUUUAUAUGUAUUAUAUUAAUGUACGUUAGAAACUAGAGGAAUCAUAGGAAAUAGAA